CGCAUACCGGUCCUAAAACGCACUAAUUGUCGUUUAAAUUUAAACACGCAAUCAUUCCUUGAGUGCUACAAUGAGAAUUACCACGCAAAGUGUGCGGAUUUUGAUUUUAUUUGGAAUUGGUUUAAUUAUUGACACAUUCCAAUGGAUAUCAGCGUUGAGGAUUGAACCGACUUGUGGAAUGCGUAAUAGUGAUUAUUUAAGUCGUAUUGUUGGUGGCCAGGCAACUCUUCCAGGAGAAUUUCCCUGGUUAACAUCGAUACAACUGCGGCAACAGAGAGGAUAUCGCCAUUUGUGUGGUGGUGCACUGGUUGCCAACAAAUGGGUGCUUACAGCCGCGCAUUGUGUGCGGGAUUUGGAACCGAAGAACAUUUCGGUUGUUACUGGGGAUUAUAAUCUGUUCAGGGCCGAGGGGUUUGAACAGCGCAGGCGCGUACGAAGAUUUGUUUCGAGGAAUUUCGAUAUUGCGACGUUUGAGAAUGAUAUUAUCUUGUUGGAGAUGGAUAAACCUAUUGUGUUCAACAAUCGGACUGGGAUUAUAUGCAUACCUAAUGCUGAUGAUGUUUUUGAAGAUGUUGGUCUGGUAGCUGGCUGGGGUCGAUUACACGAAGACACCAUCAACACAGACACCCCACAUCAUGUGAAUCUCCCAAUAAUCGAGAAAUCCAUCUGUGAUGAACCCUACAAGAAGAUAGGCUUCGCCGGUAAGUUAAACAAGUGCCAAAUCUGUGCCGGUUACCUUUCCGGUGGUAAAGAUGCAUGCCAGGGUGAUUCCGGUGGCCCUCUUGUAUGUCGCAAUGGUGACAUGCACUUUAUUUGUGGGAUUGUGAGCUGGGGAAUUGGAUGUGCACGAUCUGCAUAUCCAGGUGUUUAUACAAAAGUAUCUUGUUUCUCCGAAUGGAUAAAAAACGUGAUCAAAACGUAAUUUGAUGCAUAUAAUUGUAAUUUAAUAUUUUUUACAUGUUUAUUUAUGAUAUUUUAUUGAUAAAUAAUUGUAUUAUGUGUA